AUGGAUUCCGACGCCGACUCUAUGAAGCUGUCACUGGAUGGCAAAGCGGAAGCCGUCCAUAAAGAACAUCUGCACGACGAGAACCCAGACGACUCGAUUGAGAUGACCGACCCGGGAAAGACUGUCUGGCUGAUUGCUUGUACAGUAUCCAUGGGAGGAUUCCUGUUCGGGUACGACACUGGCGUCAUCUCUGCUGUAUUGGUCAACCUGGGAACCGACCUAGGCAAAGCCCUAUCCUCUAGCGAGCAAGAGCUGAUCACUUCUAUCACUUCCGGAGGCGCGCUGAUAGGCGCAGUACUAGCCGGCCUGACGUCCGACAAGUACGGACGCAAGCUCGGCAUCUAUGUCGGCUGUGCGCUCUUCGUCGUGGGCACCGUGAUCCAGGCCGCUGCGUACUCCAUAGCCCAGAUGACAGUUGGACGACUGAUCGUUGGGUUUGGUGUCGGCAACGCCGCCAUGAUCAUCCCGCUAUAUAUCGGCGAGAUGGCGCCUGCUCGAUUCCGCGGCCGGUUGAUCGUCUUUGAUAAUCUCUGUGUGGCGUUUGGCCAGUUUGUGUCGUACGCUCUCGGGGCUGCGUUCACCGAUGUAGCCCAUGGCUGGAGGUACAUGACGCCUCGUCAAUUGAUCUCGCAUAGUCGUGGUGACGAGGCGCGGAGAGUGCUGAAGAGGAUCUUCCCGCGAGCUACCGAUCAGCAGGUCGAUGCAAAAGCGCGGUUGAUCCAGCAUUCCAUAGAGGAAGCGGCGGUCUCUGUCUCGGAGAGGAGCCUGUGGUGGCAGAUGAAGCAGCUCUUCACAGUGCGCGAGAAUGUGCGCGCUCUCGUCACGGCCUGCAUGGUCAUGGCUAUAUCCCAGCUGGGCGGGUUCAACACUCUUAUGUACUAUUCCGCCACGCUCUUCUCCAUGGUGGGCUUCAGCAAACCCACCGCCGUGUCGAUGGUGGUCGGCGCGACGAACUUUCUGUUUGGCUUCGCCAACUUUGCGUCCAUUGAUCGCUUUGGCAGACGCGUGGUCCUCUUGAUCACUGUCCUCGGAAUGUCCCUCUCUCUAGUAGUUGCCGCCAUCGCCUUCCACUGGAUCCCCGUCAACCACGACCUCACCGUAGUCCAAACGCAACAGAUGAGCUGGGCCAGCAUCCUCCUCCUCGUGACCAUCAUCAUCUACGUAGCCUUCUUCGCCGCCGGAGUCGCCCCAAUCGCAUGGGUCGGCACGGAGUUCCUGCCGCUGGAGGUGCGCGCGCUCGGCACGAUGAUGAACACGGUGACCUGCUGGGGAUGCAACAUUAUCAUCUCGUCGACGUUUCUGUCGAUGAUGAAGGCGAUGACGCCGAGCGGGGCGUUUGGGUUCUAUGCUGCAAUAUGUUUUGUCGGCUGGGUGUUUGUCAUCUUCUGUUAUGCGGAGGUGCAUAAUAUGCCGCUGGAAUCGGUCCGGGAGGUGUAUAGACAUGGCUUUGGGGUUCAGUAUGCUAAGCAGCUGCAGAAGGAGAGGGUGCUUCGGGAGAGGCAGAAGCCGGUGGAUGUCUAG